AUGGACGGCAGGAUGUGGGGCACCUGCGUCCUUUGCUUGCUGAGCCCACUGGGAGUCGCAUUGGGCCACGAGCACCUAGAAUGUGACUUCAUUACUCAGUUGAGAGAGGAUGAACGUACAUGUCUACAAGCGGCAGAGGGGACACCCAACAAUUCCCUGAGCUGCCCAAGGACUUGGGAUGGGCUGCUGUGCUGGCCAACAACAGGCUUUGACGAGUGGAUUGCCCUCCCCUGCCCGGAUUUCUUUUCUCAUUUCAGCUCCGAGCCAGGGGCUGUGAAGCGGAAUUGUACCAUCGCAGGUUGGUCCAAUCCCUUUCCACCUUACCCUGUGGCCUGUCCUGUGCCCUUGGAAUUGCUGACUAAAGAGAAAGCUUACUUCUCCACGGUGAAGAUCAUCUACACCACAGGCCAUAGCGUCUCUAUCGUAGCUCUCUGUGUGGCCAUUGCCAUCCUGCUUGCUCUCAGGAGGCUCCACUGCCCCCGGAACUACAUCCACACACAGCUGUUUGCCACCUUCAUCCUCAAGGCAGGCGCUGUGUUCCUGAAGGAUGCUGCUCUCUUCAGUGGUGACAGCGACAGCGUGGACCACUGUGGCUUCUCCACUGUCCUGUGCAAGGUGUCUGUGGCUGCCUCACAUUUUGCUACCAUGACCAACUUCAGCUGGCUGCUGGCAGAAGCUGUCUACCUAAGUUGCCUCUUGGCCUCCACAUCCCCCAGCUCCAGGACAGCCUUCUGGUGGCUGGUUCUUGCUGGCUGGGGACUCCCCAUGCUCUGUACAGGUACCUGGGUGGCCUGCAAACUAGCCUUCGAGGACACUGCGUGCUGGGACCUAGACAACAGCUCCCCCUACUGGUGGAUCAUCAAAGGGCCCAUCGUCCUCUCCGUUGGGUCAGUGAAUUUUGGGCUGUUUCUCAAUAUUGUUCGUAUCCUGCUAAGGAAAUUGGAGCCAGCGCAGGGUAGCCUCCACUCCCAGUCUCAGUACUGGCGCCUGUCCAAGUCAACACUUCUCCUCAUCCCACUGUUUGGAAUUCACUACAUCAUUUUCAAUUUCCUGCCUGACAAUACUGGCCUGGGCAUCCGCCUUCCCCUGGAGCUGGGACUGGGCUCCUUCCAGGGUUUCAUCGUUGCUGUCCUCUACUGCUUCCUCAACCAAGAGGUGAGGACAGAGAUCUCACGGAAGUGGCACGGCCAUGACCCUGAACUUCUGCCAGCUCGGAGGACCUGCACUAGGUGGACCAAGCCUUCCUGCUCGGGGGCGAAGGUGCUGACAUCCAUGUGCUAGGUUGGCCUCAUCAUGUACCAGGAGUCCACACCUGAACUUGGGCCACUGCAAUGGGUCCACCACUCUCUGGAGGAACCAAGGGGCCUCUGGGAGCCCUCAC